GAGAGUUAUUGCCACCAACCGAUAUGGCAGCCAUACUAGAACGAUAACAUGCUUAGUACUAAAGAAUUACUGACUGUUCACUAUCGAAAACACUGCUUUAUGAAUAAUAAUCUGUGGAAACUAGUUAUUUUCAAAGUGACUAUAGAAUAACCGUCAAUAUUGGAUAUUUUCUGAUAUACAUUUCUAAGUGGGAAACGUUACUAAAUCAUAAAUAUGGGUAACAAAGAGAGUGCAAUAGCCGACAACAAUACCGGUUUUCAUGAUGAUGGGAAUACUACACUGACUAUCUCCGCGUCGGGGACAUCAAAGAAUAGGAAACAAAAGAACAAAGGACUCCAACGACAGAAGGGUAAACGACAACCCCCCGAGGAGAUUGUCGUAGAGCGAGACGGAACCGAAUCACCGAACCCCAUCACAGAAAUUACUAUACAAGGUGAACGAUUCAAAGCCCUCUACGACUAUGAAGCAAGAACGGCCGAUGACCUCACAUUCAGAAAGGGUCACAUUCUUAUAAUCACUGAUAAAGGUGAUCCAAAUUGGUGGCUAGCGACGUCACUUGAGACAAGUAGAGAAGGCUAUGUACCAAGGAACUACAUUGAGCCGGCGGAUAAGUUACAGUCCGAAGAUUGGUUUUUUGAGAGACUGAUGAGAAAGGAUGCUGAGAAACAGCUUCAACUUCCAGGGAACUGCCGUGGUACAUUUCUGGUUCGAGGCAGCGAAACAUGUCCAGGGGCGUAUUCUCUCUCCGUCCUCGACCACGAUGAUAGCCGUGGAUUUAACGUCAAGCAUUAUCGCAUUCGGGCUUUAGACAACGGAGGCUACUACAUUAGUACAAGGGUCACAUUCAGGUCGUUACAAGACCUCGUGAAACACUACCAAAGUAAGCGAGCCCAUGCGGAUGGUCUUGUCUGUCGGCUCAUCAGCCCAUGUCCUCGCCAGAAGCCAGCCAUGUUUGAGAUAAGUAAAGACGUUUGGGAGAUUCCAAGAAAUUCAAUCAAACUCGAAAGGAAGUUAGGAAACGGACAAUUCGGCGAAGUAUGGGAAGGUGUUUGGAAUAAUACGACUAAAGUUGCUGUAAAGACGCUGAAAGAGGGCGCUAUGGAUCCUGCUGCAUUUUUAAGGGAGGCAAAUAUAAUGAAGCAAUUACGACAUCCAAAAUUGGUCUCUCUUCUUGCAGUAUGUUCUGAUGGGGAACCAAUAUACAUUGUAACAGAACUCAUGGUGAAUGGAUGUCUACUGGACUACCUACACGAAGGCGAGGGCAAGAAUCUGCGAGAACAUGAACUGAUAGACAUCACUGCUCAGGUCUCAGAGGGUAUGGCGUACUUGGAGUCGCAGCACUUCGUACAUCGUGAUCUUGCAGCGAGGAACGUCUUAGUCGGUGAACAUAGGGUCUGUAAAGUUGCUGAUUUUGGGCUUUCUCGACUUGUUGAAACAGAAUACAUCGCAAGAGAAGGUGCUAAGAUGCCUAUAAAAUGGACGGCUCCAGAGGCUAUCAACUUUGGUAAAUUCACGAUCAAAUCUGACGUGUGGUCUUUCGGUAUUUUGAUCUACGAGGUCAUAACAAAAGGACGUGUACCAUAUCCAGGAAUGGUAAACAGAGAGGUACUAGAACAAGUGUCACGUGGUUAUCGAAUGCUCCAACCUCAUGAUUGUCCGGAGGAACUAUACGGUAUAAUGCGCCAGUGCUGGGACAUCAAUUCAGACAAAAGACCUACGUUCGAGUUUCUGUAUUCGUUCCUGGAUGAUUUCUACCACGCCGCGGAAGCACAAUAUCAAUAACAUCAACAUAGCCAGCAAUGGUAUGUGAUGUGUUUGGAAGAGUGAACAUGAGGGAUGUGUGCGAAUGGUGUUGUGUUGUGCAGGGUGAGAUACUUAAAAUUCAGAACAUUGAGGUUUAACAUAGGCCUAAAGGAAUCAACUUUAGGUCCCACAUUAAAAACAAAAAUGAAUAAACGAAUGAACAUUAUUAUCGCCUUGUACUGGUCUUCCAAUAUUAUGUUUUAGCUCAUCUACAUUGUAGAUAAUAAAAUAUAGCGUAAAACUUGUACUUUUAUGAAAAACAUUAUAUGUAUUCAAUGUAGUUUAUGCCCGUCUGUUUUAUGUAUAGAAAAUGGAAUCAAAAUGUAAAUAAUAAUAAAAUAAUCUUAAAUUUUUAAUCGGAAAGCGGAUUGAUCAGUUACGUAUGUAGUUUAUUAGAAUAAUGCCAAUAUAUUUGAUAUGUGAACCGUAACAUUAAGUUGAGUGUCGCCUAUUGUGUUAUGUUAUAAUGUGUAAUCGAUUGCUCAAUGCAAAAUGCAAAACAGCAUUGAUGUAAAGUAUUAUUAAUGUUAAGUUUUUGUCUCCAAGUAUAAAUAAUAUAAGGAGUAAAAUUAUAAAAAAAGAAUCAAUGCUUACAGAAGUAAUAAUAAAUAUGCAUUGUAAAACGCAAAA